AUGAAUGUAAUUGUAGUAGAUGCUGAUAGAUUAAGAGAACUUGAAUAUUGUAGUAGAAGUUCUGAUGCUAUUAUCUUUUUAAGUAGCAAGAACCAAGAUGCUAAUAUUUAUAAUGAAAAAACUAUUACUGCUUAG